AUGUCCGCUGUGACAAAUCCCUUGGUGGUCGCCGCCUACAUGUUCGAAGAUAUCGACUCGCUGCUUCGGCCUUUGACAACCACCACACAUUUGCCACUCCUCGAGCCGAUUCGUCCGCCUGCGGGAAGAUGGAAUCACGCUAUUCAGCUGAUGUAUUUUCGCCGCCUGCCGUCCGCCUGCCAUCUGUCGGUCCCUCAACGCGACUGGACGAGCAUGGAGUACGUAAUUCAUCCUGCAUGA